AGACAUCAGGACCUAAAUGCUUCCAGACAGGAAGAUGUAUGCAUUAUCAAACAGACCCCAAAGUAAGAGUGGGUUCAAGCCACUGCCUGUUGUGAUCAUAGGGAAUGGACCUUCAGGAAUCUGUCUCUCAUACUUGCUGUCAGGCUAUAUCCCUUACUUCAAAAGAGGCUCUUUUCAUCCUCAUCCCAUUCUUCAGAGGAAACUAGAGGAGUCACCAGAUGUCUCUAUUUUGGACCAGGAUUUGGAUUAUCUGUCUGAAGGCUUGGAGGGACGAUCCGACAGCCCUGUGGCUCUGCUGUUUGAUACUCUUCAGCGUCCAGACACAGACUUUGGUGGAACAGCAGAAUCUGUCCUUUCAUGGUGGCAUGAGGCUGACAGAGCUGUCCCCCACCUGGUCCUUGGCAAGAAUGCUCCUGGAGGUGCCUGGCAUUCUAUUGAGGGCUCUGUGAUUAGCCUGAGCAGAGGUGAAUGGAUGGGACUUCCAGACCUCCCAUUCAAGGACUGGCUAAAGCAAAAGAGAAGAGGCCUCAGAAACAAUAGAGCCACAGCAGAAGACAUUGCUCAAUAUUACCAACACUAUGUGAUGAAGAAAGGACUGCAGAAGAAUUUCAGAUGUGGUACUGUUGUGACCUCUGUGAGGAAAGUGAGUGCAGAGAACAUCUCACACCAUGCACAGAAAGAUCUGCAGGAAAACAGUAACUCAUUCUGGAACUUCAAUGAGAAAAGUAUGGAGGUCUUUCAGGUGGAUGGAUUUUUCAAAACUCUGAAAGGUGAUAAAGAGCACUUCUCUAUCUGUGCAGAGAAUGUGGUCUUAGCUACAGGCACGUAUGAUAGUCCUACUUGGCUUGGGGUCAAGGGUGAGAACCUUUCUUAUGUCCAUCACAAGCUGUCUGCCCUGGAGGAAGCAGUGAAGAACAACAGCAUUGGCUUCAUGUCAGAUCCAGUCUUGAUUGUAGGUGCUGGUCUGACAGCUGCUGAUGCCAUUCUCUUUGCUCACCAUUGCAAUAUUCCAGUAAUCCAUGUCUUUCGGAGACGGGUCAGUGAUCCAGGUCUAAUUUUUAACCAGCUCCCCAAAAUGAUGUACCCCGAGUACCACAAAGUCCAUCAGAUGAUGAAAGAACAGUCAGCUGCUUGUGCUGGGCCUUAUGAGUGUUAUAUCAGCCUCCCUGAGCAUCAUGUGCUGUCCUUUGGCAAGGACAAGAAAUGUAUCUUUCAGGACAAGGAUGGCUACCAGAAAGUUUAUAAAGUUUCCAUGGCUCUUGUUCUAACUGGCUCAAACCCCAACCUCUCCUUCCUGCCAAAUAAUGGCAUGGACUUGGCAAUGGACAGUGGCCAACCAGUCAAUCCAAAGAGGAAUCCCAUAGAUGUUGACCCAUUCACCUAUGAAUGCACUCAGGAGAAAGGGCUCUAUGCUCUAGGACCUCUAGCUGGAGAUAACUUUGUGCGUUUUGUACAGGGAGGGGCUCUGGCUGCUGCCAGCUCUCUGUUAAAGAAAGCCAACAAAAAUCCCCCCUAACAAAAAAGUCCCUGUGCUACCUGUGUCUGAAGGGGUUACUGCUGUUUUCUUAGAAGCAAGUCAUCAGAUUUUUACAUCCUCAAAUGUAAAGCCCACUCCUGGUAUCCUGCAAGGUUAUGCAAAGAGUUACUAAGGUCUUGCUGAGUU